AUGAUGUCAGUUCAGUUACACUCCCAUCAGGAAUCGAAUCGAAAUGUUAGCUCUACUGGUGUCCUUCACAUAAGGGCCAUCGGUGCCAACCCCCUGUACUGUGACUGCCACCUCCGCUGGCUGUCCAGCUGGGUGAAGACAGGCUACAAGGAACCGGGCAUUGCCCGCUGUGCUGGACCCCCAGACAUGGAGGGAAAGCUGCUCCUCACCACGCCUGCCAAGAAGUUUGAAUGCCAAGGUCCCCCCACUCUGGCUGUCCAGGCCAAGUGUGACCCCUGCUUGUCCAGCCCAUGCCAGAACCAGGGCACCUGCCACAAUGACCCCCUUGAGGUGUACAGGUGUGCCUGCCCCAGCGGCUAUAAGGGCCGAGACUGCGAGGUGUCCCUGGACAGCUGUUCCAGCAGCCCCUGUGGAAAUGGCGGGACCUGCCACACGCAGGAAGGUGAAGGUGCUGGCUUCACGUGCUCCUGUCCCACUGGCUUUGAAGGACCAACCUGUGGAGUGAACACGGAUGACUGUGUGGAGCACACCUGUGCCAACGGGGGCACCUGUGUGGACGGCGUGGGCAGCUACACCUGCCAGUGCCCCCUGCAGUACAUGGGAAGGGCCUGUGAGCAGCUGGUGGACUUCUGCUCCCCGGAUCUGAACCCGUGUCAACAUGAGGCCCGGUGUGUGGGCACCCCGGACGGGCCCAGGUGUGAGUGUGCGCCAGGAUACGCUGGUGACAACUGCAGCGAGAACCAGGAUGACUGCAAGGGUCACCGCUGCCAGAAUGGGGCCCAGUGUGUGGACAAACUCAACAGCUACUCCUGCCUCUGUGCUGAGGGCUACAGUGGACAGCUCUGUGAGAUCCCUCCUGGCCUGCCUACCCCCAGGAGCCCCUGUGAGGGCACUGAGUGCCAGAAUGGGGCCAACUGUGUGGACCAGGGCAGCAGGCCUGUGUGCCAGUGCCUCCCAGGCUUCGGCGGCCCCGAGUGUGAGAAGUUGCUCAGUGUCAACUUUGUGGAUCGGGACACUUACCUGCAGUUCACUGACCUGCAGAACUGGCCUCGGGCCAACAUCACACUGCAGGUCUCCACGGCAGAGGACAAUGGGAUCCUGCUAUACAACGGCGACAACGACCACAUCGCAGUUGAGCUGUACCAGGGCCAUGUGCGUGUCAGCUAUGACCCAGGCAGCUACCCCAGCUCUGCCAUCUAUAGUGCCGAGACGAUCAAUGAUGGGCAGUUCCACACUGUCGAGCUGGUCGCCUUUGACCAGAUGGUGAAUCUCUCCAUUGACGGUGGCAGUCCCAUGACUAUGGACAACUUUGGCAAACACUACACGCUCAACAGUGAGGUGCCCCUCUAUGUGGGAGGGAUGCCCGUGGACGUGAACUCGGCUGCCUUCCGCCUGUGGCAGAUCCUCAAUGGCACCAGCUUCCAUGGCUGCAUCCGCAACCUGUACAUCAACAACGAGCUGCAGGACUUCACCAAGACGCAGAUGAAGCCGGGCGUGGUGCCAGGCUGUGAGCCCUGCCGCAAGCUCUACUGCCUGCAUGGCAUCUGUCAGCCCAAUGCCACCCCGGGCCCCAUGUGCCACUGUGAGGCUGGCUGGGGGGGCUUGCACUGCGACCAGCCAGCUGACGGCCCCUGCCAUGGCCACAAGUGUGUCCAUGGGAAAUGUGUGCCCCUCGAUGCUCUUUCCUACAGCUGCCAGUGCCAGGAUGGGUACUCCGGGGCCCUGUGCAACCAGGCUGGGGCACCGGCAGACCCCUGUGGAGGCCUGCAGUGCCUGCACGGCCACUGCCAGGCCUUGGCCACCAAGGGGGCACACUGUGUGUGUGACCCUGGCUUUUCGGGAGAGCUUUGUGAGCAAGAGUCCGAGUGCCGGGGGGACCCUGUCCGGGACUUUCACCAGGUCCAGAGGGGCUAUGCCAUCUGCCAGACCACGCGCCCGCUGUCGUGGGUGGAGUGCCGGGGCUCGUGCCCGGCCCAGGGCUGCUGCCAGGGCCUUCGGCUGAAGCGGAGGAAGUUGACCUUUGAGUGCAGCGAUGGGACCUCUUUUGCCGAGGAGGUGGAGAAGCCCACCAAGUGUGGCUGUGCCCUCUGCGUGUAGCACCGGAUGUAGACCGGGCAGGGGUGAGGGCGGGCGAGGGGGCAUGCUGGGCCGCAGUGGGGACAAUGGCAGCAGUCAGGCUGGGGGUGCGGGCCAUCGCCGGGGUGGGCAGGGUGGCUCCAGAGUAGCCUUUUGAAAGCAAAUUGCGCUGCAGUUGGGGGCAGAGGGGGUGGGCAAGGCCUGAGCUGCAGACCACCGGCUCCUGAAGUGCCUUGCACAAAUAGGCGCUUAAUAAAUAUUUGUUGAAUGAAUGUGUGCGUGAGGUCAGGCCAAGAAGUGCAGAAUGGUGACACCCCUCCUUGCCUCCUACCUGGGCCCUUAAAGAAGAGGACGGACCCCCUCCCAAACCAGCCCUUCCCUCUGGCUGGUGGCCCAGGCUGGCCUGAAGCUGGGUCCCUGGCCCCAGAAGCCCCUUGCCCCUCUGAGGAUAACCUUGAAGUCCUCUGGGCCUCUCAGGCAGCCAGCCUGGCCCAUGUGCGCUGCAGCAUCUGCUGGCAGGAGGCCGGCUGCGGGGAAGGGCCUCCUCCUGCUGGCCAGGAAGGGACUGACCCUUGCCCCUGGGCUGACUGGCAGCACUGCAGCACUGCUUGGGAAUGAGACUCGGGAGAGGUGGUUCUUAGGACUAGGCUUCUGGAUCCUGAAGUUAUAAGAUGGCCACCACAGCUUCAAGGAAAGGGCUCAUGUGGAGGAAAGGGCUCCUGGAGCUGCUUGGGGUGGAAGACCCCACCAAAGAGGGCAGGGGUCCUUGACUCCAGCUGAAUAAACACCACCAGUCUCCAGACACUAGCCACAGAAGGGGCAUUCGUCCUGGGCUUCCAGUGCCAGCCAGCUACAAGCUGUCGGCGAGCCACUGGCAGAGGUACAGGGUGUGGGGGGCCUGGGCCAGCCAGGGAGGGGUCUCCUCCUGUGGAGGCUGGGUUCAGAGCCUCUUGUACUGCAGGCCAGUAGUGAGCAGUGGAAGGGACAAUGGUUGAGCAUCAGGAAACCUCCGCUGGCUCUAUCACGCUGGACAAACUUCUGCCCCCAGGCCUUCGGUUCCUCAGCUAUAAACAGGGACAUAGGGUUACUAAAGGCACUGUGGUCUCAGAAGGGAGUCCCGAGGAGUCAGCAGACCCUUGUUCACUGAUCACAUCAACAAGUAUUUCCAUGCCUGGCCUGGGACUGGGUGCUGUGGGCAUUCUGCCCUAACGGACAGGUGUGAACUCACCUGGAGCAUGGCAGGAGUCGCCAGAUUGCCUGGGGAGAGUGUGAGCUGUAGGGCUCCGGCCACGAUGCAGGCCCAGGCUUGGGCUGCCACUGUAGGUGUUGCAGUGAAGGAUUCAGUGUUGGAAGAGCCACAUGGUCAUCUGACUACCAAGGCUUCUCUUCCAUGCAGAGUGAAAAUGUACAAAGAUGAUUUUUGAGCCCAAAUAGUGAGUUGGCCGAAGGAAGGAAAGGCCACACUCUCCUUUCCCAGAUGUUUCCCCAAGAGAGUGUACCCCUGGGGGAGUCUUGGGGCAAAGGGGGUGAGCAUGUCCCUUUCCUGGUUUGGGAGUGUGUUGGGGUGCAGGUGCGGUGGCCUUGUGCUCUGCCCCCCCACCCAUGUGGUGCUGAUUCUAGAGGGCUGAGCCUCCUGAGGCUGUGGGGCCCUGGCAUAUUCCAUUAUACCAGGACUCAGGCCAGCAAGUUUAAGCCCUGGGACCCCUGUGUUGAGAAGAGGGUCCUGCCCUGCCCAACUGGGGUAGUGUCAUCAUGGCUUCAGCUGCCUUUCACCAGGGGGCCGGGCCCUAUUUUCGUGUAACUCUGACCAAGGCGCGGGUGCACCCCCCCACCAAAGUGGAUAGCAGCUCCCGGGGCGGUGCAGCAUCCCUCUUCUGCUUGGAGUUUCCUGGCCACUGUGGGACCCUGAGCAGCUGCACCAGGCUGGAUAGGGCAGAAAAGCUCAAGUGCAGUCAGCUUGCCCCUUCCCUGGGAGAAAGGUGUUCUGAGGCUUACCAACCCUGAGAAAGGUAGCUUCCCUGGUUACCACCAUUCCCUGCUGCCCUGGAGAAGACAAUUCUUGGGCAUGAUGGGCACCGACUGGCAGGAGGCUUCUUCAUGCUACUCUGCAGAGUGGAAAGGGCACUGGAGCCAGGUGAUGCCCAUACCCUCUCACCCAGUGCCACAGGGAUGGGAGGUGAGAGGCUGGUGAGUCUGUCCCAGGGAGCACAAUGGGUGUUUAAGGCUGCCUCCUCCCUCCAGCCCCUCUACGACACCCAGUGUCCUGGCACAGCAGCACGGAGCCUCAGUUGAGUCGGAGGAUUAGGAUAUACCACAAGGGUGAGGGCAACAAGGGGCCUAAAGAAUUGUCUGCCCCAGGAUCGACUUUUCCCCCAACUUAGCCACCAAUCUGCAAGUUGCUGAGGACCCGAGUCAGCACUCACCUUGCCUGUUCCUGUGUGGGCUCACGAAGUCCUGGAAGAAGGCUACUGCAAGACCAGCCCCCUGAGAAAUCAUCUCCACAUCUUGCCCACUUUGGUAAAGAUCUUCAGUUCGCUCCGCAUUUGAAACAUGCACUGAAGAGACACAGCAGGAGAGUCCUGAGAGAGUGCCCGCCACUGACAAUAGUGGCCAGGGCUCCCCGUGAAGGUGACAGGAAACGGAAAAGGCCAGUCUUGUCUCUUCUUUGCCUGCUGUUAGCCUAACCACGAAAGUAUCUCUUUAUACAGAAUACUUACAGAUUCUAAUAUAUAUUUGUAUUUCAUUUUGUUAUAGUAUUUUUAUAUGUUAAAGUCAACAUCCGGUGUCCUGUUUUGAUUUUCAGAUGCUAUGUGCUCGUGAGAUUUUGUUUGGGGGUUUCUGUAGUCUUGUUUGGAUCGACUCCUUUGAAGAGACUUGUUUAGAACAGGCCCGUGAGGGAGCCACCCCUGCCCUUUCCCUAGAAGUAUUGCUUUAGAAUAUGUUGAUAUUGUCUGUUGUCUUCCAUGUGAACAUGACGUUGAUUCACUCAGA